AUGUCCACUCCUCAAGAAACCAAAGCCCCUGAACCCACUUUUGUUCAAGCCAAGCCUUACAAAGUUGAUCUCGAACCUGGAAAGCACAGAGAAGCAGGUCUUUUCAAACCCAAGAAGAUCACUGUAGAUGAAGCCAAGACUUAUUACUUAUGUGGAUGCAAAUAUACCCAUAACGAACAAGGUUUCUGUGAUGGUACUCAUCGUAAAGAAGAAGGCAUCAAGAAAUACAAUGAAUUUUUGCUCAAGGCCAACAGUAAGCUCAAGACAGAAUACCAACAUGUCCUUGAUGCUCAAAACGAAUUACAAGCUCAAUUGCAUGCUUCUCAACGUAAGCAAAAGAUUGCCAAUGUCAUUGCUGGAUUGUCUGCUGCUUUAGUCGUCGUUGGCCUUGCUAUGAAAUACAAGAAAUAA